AGGAGGGGCCGGGAGCCCAGAGCGCCGCCGAAGGACGCCCCGUCCUCUGAAUGCUGCCUCCCGCCGGCGAGGAGUCGCUGCUGCCCUUGCAGCGGGACUGCACUUUGCCCUCGCCCGGCCCCAGCUUCUGCCCACCCUGACGCCGGCAAUCCCCCUCCAGUGCGGUGCCGGCUCCGGGAGCUGCCAUCCGCCCAGGGCCUGACGCCCGGAGAGCGCCGGCUGCUGCCUUGGACCCGGCGGCUGUCCGGACCUGCGGUGCGAGCACAGCUGCCCGGGCGAUGUGUUGCAUAAACACUACACGUGAAGAGUGCUGAAAGAGAACACUGAUUACUAGAGUGACCGGAGAGGAGAGCGCUGGUCCCCAUCACGUGGCUGAACUCUCACUGUUUUCCAAAGAUGCUGAAGUAGUCUUUGCUGCUGCUCUCCUUCAUCCGUCAAAGCUCUUUACAGCAUGGGGUGUAUGAAAUCAAAGCAAACUUUCCCCUUUCCUACCCCACUGGAAGCUGAGAAGCAGCAUGAGAAUGAAGGCAGCAUUAGGCCAGAAGAGAGACCAAAGAUGGCGUCUUCACCUGGUGUCAAAGAGGAAGCAAAGGGGCCCUCGGGGACCAGUACUGUGGUCCUUGAGUAUGCACACCGCCUGUCCCAGGAAAUCUUGCGUGAUGCCUUGAAGCAAUGGGCAUUCGCUAACGUCGAGUACUCUGACUUCCCCUACAUUGAGAGUGAGGACACUAAUGCUGUAGGAUGAUGACACUUCCUUGACUGGGGACAGUUGGUGCUAGCUUAAAUACAUGAAACAAAAGCAAAAACUGGUGUGAAUAAGUACAAAUAGCUCCCAUCUGGAUAUAAAAACAUGUCUAUGAUAAUGUUACCAGUGUAAGAAUACCUAAGAUGAAAUGCAUUUUGAGCAGUUCUAUGUUAACAGCACUUUCUCUCUGUUUGGUCUUAGAUUUUAGUUAUUUCAAGGGCUGAAUGGAGGUCCUAUGGCACCCAGUAAUAAGUGGUACCAUCACAGCACUUUUUCCUGAGGUAGUAAUGACAUCACCAAAGAAAAUGUUGAAGAAUAAGCGCCCCAAGUUCCAAAUGGUUAAAGACAUAAAUUUUCAUUAAUUUAUAUCUUUAAAAAAGCACAUACAUAAAAAAGUUUCUCAGAAUGCCUUGGCAAGGGAAUGACACUCAAGCCAUAGUGAUAAACAAUGGUUCUUAUUUGUCAAAACCAUUUGUAUCAAGGAUUUGCACUUCUUUACACACAGAUGAUCUAGCAUUAGAAAGCAACCCAUGUAGAAGUGGUCCACCUCAAGCCCUGUCUCUAAAAAAUAAUUUAUUUUUGCAGAUGAAAAGCAUAACCACCACCUUGAACCUCAGGGUCCUAACUAACUACAGUUGUUACUAAAUGACUUAAGACUUUGCGUAUAAAGCCAUUUUAAAGAGAUAACAAUUUAUAGAAGCCAUGACAUUGUUUAUUGCAUCGAGGUAAUAAGCCCAGCCAUAUAAUGAUACAAAGACAAGAAGUAUAGCUACCUUUUAUAAUUAGCAAUCCAGUGACUCUUAAGCAUCCUACUUGUAAAGUAGAAAGCAGAACAUGGUGUCAGUACUAAUUGUGUAUGAAGCUUUACUGCCUCAGAUGCAGAGGACUGGAAUAUAGCCCAGUUUCUGUUCUCAGUUUUUUUUUUUUAAUUGCUAAUGGGGCAGUCACUAUUUAAAUUAUGAUGGGACCAGAUAAUUAAUGCAUGAGGAUUUAUAGUAGUAUUACAAAACAGAAAAGACAGAACACUUCCUCAAGGAAGUAUUGUCUAUUUUUUUAGUGGUAACAUAUGCCUAUAGGACAUUGAUAGCCAUCUCCCAUACUAUUUUUAUAAGUCUGGGUACCUUGGAGGAAGGGGCAGCUCAUUUUCUUUUUUACCAUCAUAACACCCACAUACAUGCACACUUUUUUUUUUUUUUAAAGAAUAAGUACUGAUUGAAGAUCAGUAGUAAAAAAAUAUUUGGGAAGGGGGAAAAGACUUAACUUGUAGGAAAACUGGCACUGAGUUUCUAGAAUAAUCUUUUUAUGAAAAUUUGCUACACAUAAAGUUUAAAUGGAAAAGGUUAUUUAAUCCCAUGUAUGAGGUCUGAUAAGUUUGCAAACUUGUCACCAUGCGUUUACAUUGGCAGUACUGUGAAAACUUGGUAAAUUGUCAUAACCUUGACGUGUCAGUGUUUCACAGUUGUGUUCAUGUUGACGUGUGGUGGUAUCUUGCUGAGUAGCAUUCAUUGUUGCGUGUUUUUGUGUGCCAUUGUGGGAAUGUUGAAGCUUGAAUUAGAGCAAUGAACAAACAUCCGUAAAUUUCUUCUUAAACUUGGUAAGAGUGGAAGUGAAAUCAGGAACACAGUAGUCAAAGUUUAUAGGAAAAUGCUAUGAUGAAAAUGGCAGUGUUACCGAUGGAUUAAAUAUUUUCUGAGAGAAAUGUCACUGGUGAGGAGCGGUCAGGGCAGCCAGUAACCAGCAAAACUGAUGAAAACACUGCAAAAAUUCAUCAAAUUGUGCAGCAUAGCAGACCAAGUAAAUAUCAACAGAAAAAGAACAAAAUCUUAACUGAAAAUCUCGGCAUAACGAAGGUGUGGUUCUUGCGUCAUGACAAUGCACUAGCUCACACCACAUUGCGUAUGAGGGAGCUUUUAACCAGUAAACAAAUAACAGUAUUGGAACACCCUCCCUGCUCUCCUAUCUGGCACCCCAAGAACCUUUUUUCCUUACCUAAAGAUAAAGGAAAUAUUGAAAGGAUGACAUUUUGAUGACAUUCAAGACAUCAAGGGUAAUACAAUGAUAGCACUGAUGGCUACGCCAGAAAAAAGAGUUUAUUUGUUUUGAAGGGUGGAUUAGGCACUGGAGUCAGUGCAUAGCUUCCCAAGGGGAGUAGUUCAAAGGUGACCUAAGUGAUAUUCAGCAGUGAGGUAUGUAGCACUUUUUCUAGGAUGAGUCGCAGACUUAAUUGUCAGACCUCGUAAGUUCAUUUUAUUAACACACCAUUGUUGAUAAAACCUAAACAAAGGCAGAGGAAGGCCUGAUCUCUUUAAUGAGAUUAAAUACAUAUUUGACAUUGUAAGCAAGCAGGAAUGCAACCUCCAAUUUUAACAACUUUUAACUUUGAAAUGCGCAGAGUAAAUUGUCCAAAUUACAUGAACAAAGUUACUUUUUUUUUUUUUGUGGUUUUUUGCCGGGGCUGGGUUUGAACCCGCCACCUCCGGCAUAUGGGACCAGCGCCCUAGUCCUUGAGCCACAGGCGCGGCCCUGAACAAAGUUACUUGAAAUGAAUACUAUGCCAUCUUUUCAGUUGCCUUUGGACACAUCAUUCAGCUUUAAUUCUAUUGAUACCUAGUCCUACAAUUUGUACUGUCUUAUUGUACUUUCAAUCUAGCGAUUUAUAUUAAUGUAAUAGAAAAACAACCAUUCAUGUUCAUACAAGAAUCUGAAGUCAUCAGACUAAGGGCACAAAGUUUCCCAUAAGUAUAAAACAUUUCCAGGUCAUGAAGGGAAGUUUAGGUUUUGAGGGUUUACCCAGAUACGGUGAUUUCUCAUUCAUUUUAUCUCAUGACAUUUGCUGCAAAGUUAUUUUUUGUUUAAAAGAAAUAAUUAGGGAUAUGCAAUAAUAAGUACUAUGGUGAAGACACAAAGCCACAUAAAGCAUGUCCCGUUACAGUUUUUAGUUUACAAAGGGAUAAUGACGAGUGGAUUUUGGUGGUAUCUAACAUUUUAACUUCAGGUUCCUUCUCUGCCCAGAGUCCCUCCCUCACGGGGAUAACAAGGAUGCCCCCCAGAUCUGUAUCUACAAGAAGUCUAAUCUCUAUUGCUACCAUCUCUCAGCAACUAUGGCAGCAUAGUUUUGUCACUGAGAACCACCUCCUUGCCCUGGAAUCAUUUUAAUAGAGUGUCAUAUCUUGUGUACAGUAUUGCCAGGAGACUUAUCCAGGGGUCUUCAAACUGCGGCCCGCAGGCCACAUGAAGACGGUGUGAUUGUAUUUGUUCCCAUUUGUUUUUUUACUUCAAAAUAAGAUAUGUGCAGUGUGCAUAGGAAUUUGUUCAUAGUUUUUUUUUUUUUAAACUAUAGUCCGGCCAUCCAACGGUCUGAGGGACAGUGAAUUGGCCCCCUGUUUAAAAAGUUUGAGGACGCCUGGACUUAUCUUUAAAUUAUGUGCUUCAUUAUAUGUCAGCAUAGGAACAAGGAACCACAAGACUUGCAUAAUCAGUAAGCUGAUGGAUAAACCAAGUUGGGGACAGGUAGAAGAGAGCUGAAUAAACAAACUUGUAUGACAUGUGAUAGUUGUCUCAUCACAAUGUACUUUGCCCUUGAUAAUAAGAAAGAUGAGAAUUAUCUUCGAUAGGAUAAUUAGCCUUCUUUCAUACCUUUAUAUUGUAAUAUUGGCUUUACUACAUUUUGAAGGUCUUUCAUGAACAAUAAAGAGUAGUAGGUCUGUUGAGAAGGAAGGAAACAUAAAACAGAAGACUGAAUGAAAUAUUAGCUACUGGAAAGGCAAAUGUGGAACAUCCAGAGCAAGGGCACAACAAAGAACCUCCAGGUGGCAACUGUGGAAGCAACUAUCAGAGAGAAUAAAUGUGCCAAUUCCUAUUUACAGAGACUCACAAAACCCCACACACAUGCUUCACUGCUGCCUUCCCCAAUUGGCCUCUUAUGCUGUUACAUUUCAGUUACAAGCCUUUAAUCCAAGAAUUCUCCACUUUUAGUUGCCUUAUCAGUUCUCUGCAGACUGCCUAUGAUUAUUAGCACUUAAAGCACAAUUUUGAGGGCACCAAAAAAAUUAUCAUUUUGUUUCGAGUUGCCUUAUUAGUAUUAAAAACAGACAUACUGAAUAAAGUAGCAUAAUGUUCAUAUCCUACUCAAUAUCAUUGGUGUUUUAUGAGAUAGAGGAACUAUACUUUUGUAUUAUAGUUUUAGAAAUCAAAAGUUAGGGAUGCUUCAGAUGUAAUGUCAAGGAAUAGUAAUUUAAAAACAAAUACAUUGCUUAAUCGUAAAACCCUCGUCCUACAUCUGGAUAACCAAAUAGGAUAUGUCUUCCUUGGCAUUGUGGGCUCAGAGCACUAGCUGCAUCUUAAUUUACAGAACUCAAGUUUUGUUAGCAGAUUCUCUUCUCUGUAAGACUUAACUAUGAAGUGGUAUAUUUUUUCCACAUAUUUUUGUGAAAACAUUUUUGUAACUACAAUAAAAAUCCAGUU